CUGUCUAGUCUGUUUUAGUUGUGUUUACACGCGAGUAGAUUUGCUGAUAUUGGUCACCGUUGUUGGUAACUUCACUUUAAAAUGUCUACCAAGUCACCUAAAAAAACUACUCCAGCUGGUGCUUCAUCAGCAGGUCCUUCUAGAAGUUCACCUAGAAAAAGUGAAACUCCUACUCCUCAAGGUGCUAGAAAGAGUCCUUUAAGUCCUACAAGAUAUAGUAGACUUCACGAAAAGCAGGAACUUGCUAAUUUGAACGAUCGCUUAGCAUGUUACAUUGACAGAGUCAGGAAUUUAGAAACAGAAAAUAACCGGUUAACUCGGGAGGUUAAAAGUUCUCAAGAAAAUAUUACGAGAGAAGUAACUAGUGUUAAAUCUUUAUAUGAAAGUGAGUUAUCAGAAGCAAGAAAACUUUUAGAUGAAUUAUCGCGGGAAAAGACAAAACUUCAAAUUGAUACACGGAGGUUGUAUACUGAAAAUGAAGAACUUAAAACUGAGCUUGAAAAGAAGACUAAAGAUUGUAAUAUUCUCCAGACUUCACUUUCUGUCAGUGAAAAUAGACUUGCAGAUCUCACAACAAAAUAUAAUCAACUGCAAGGUGAAAGGAAGAAGCUUGCAGAUGAAAACAAGGCAUUGGAAAAUGAAAGAAAUAAACUUUCAAUCCAGUUAUCAGAUACACGAAAACAUUUGGAGGAAGAAACUCUCCAGAGAGUAGAUCUAGAAAAUGCUGUGCAAACCUUACGUGAAGAUUUUUCAUUCAAAGAACAGUUACAUGAACAGCAGUUAUUGGAAACUCGUACUAAAAAACAAGUGGAAAUAAGCGAACUUGAUGGUAGAUUAACCCAGGAGUAUGAAGAAAGAUUAUACCAGAGUCUCCAAGAAAUACGCGAUCAAUAUGAAUGUGAUAUUGAAAAUAACAAGGAAGAGAUUAAAAAACUGUAUGAGGAAAAAAUCCGCAGUCUUGGUAGUCAAUUGACACGGAACAGCAAUGCAGCAGCAAUGGCUAUUGAAGAAAUGAAAAAUAUGCAAGCUAAACUUAAUGAGCUUAAUAGGAAAUUACUUGACUUAGAAGCUGACAGAAAUGCAGCCCAGCAAAAGGCUAGAGAUUUGGAAAAGAUUUUGGAACAGGCUAAAGCUCAAUAUAUGGAAGAAUAUAGUCAGAGAGAAGCUGAAAUCACAACUCUUCGUGAAGAGAUGGCUCACCAAGUUCAAGAAUAUCAAGAUUUAAUGGAUAUCAAAGUUGCAUUAGAUUUAGAAAUAGCAGCUUAUCGAAAGUUACUUGAAGGAGAAGAAGCUAGGUUGAAUAUAACACCUGUGAGUUCUCCUGCUCAGACUUCUUCCCGUAAAUUUUUAGGGAGGAAAAGGAAACGUACUUUCAUUGAAGAAUCUGAUGAAACAGAUCUUUCUAAUUAUUCUGUUACUUCUUCAUCAAAAUGUGACGUUGCCAUCUCAGAAGUUUGUAGUGAAGGUCAAUUCAUUAAACUUCUUAAUAAAUCUACUAAGGAAGUAUCGCUUGGGGGUUGGCAACUAACUCGUAAAGCUGGAGAUUCCUCCACAAUUUACAAGUUUCAUCGAAAUAUUAAAAUGGAACCUGGGGCUACUAUCACUGUUUGGUCUUCAGAUGUUCCAGAUAAAUCUCAUGAACCACCAGAAAGUUUACUUAUGAAAGGUCAGCGCUGGAUGGUUGCUGAUACUAUGACAACAGUUUUGUUGAAUCCUGCUGGAGAAGAAAUGGCUAUAUCUGAACACAAAAAACAACAACUGAGUGACCGAACGUCAUCAAGGCAAAGAGAAGGUAGUUUCUAUCAAAAGAAAUCAUUUCUAUCAUCUUCUAUGCGCCCUCCUAGUGAAACACCAGGUGAAGAAAGGUGUGUGAUUUGGUAAUUUUGAUAUGAUACAUUUUUUUACAAUCACAUUCUUAACUUUAGUUCUGUUGUUUGUCCAUAGUUUAAGAAUCAAUGGGUGUAAAGUUUUUGUUUAUAUAUAAUUAACUUUCAAUUCUAAUGUUUUCAUGUAACCCAUUAUCAUUAUCUAAACACACACAAACAUGUGAACAAUUUUAAAGAAUUUUUUUU